AUGCGCCGAGCACUGUGGCCUCGUGUGCCCUGUCCCACACCCUCUGCUCUGCUCCUUCCAGGGAAAGUGCGAUGGCGGGACUUCCACCAGGAGGCCUACGUCGGGGGAACCGUGGUCCGCUCCGGGCAGGACCCCUACGCCCGCAACAAGUUCAACCAGGUCGAAAGUGAUAAGCUGCAGAUGGACAGAGCGGUGCCAGACACCAGACACGACCAGUGUCAGCGGAAGCAGUGGCGUGUAGACCUGCCGGCCACCAGCGUGGUGAUCACGUUCCACAAUGAGGCCAGGUCAGCCCUUCUGAGGACGGUGAUCAGUGUGCUGAAGAAAAGCCCGCCCCACCUCAUAAAAGAAAUCAUCUUGGUGGAUGACUACAGUAACGACGCUGAGGACGGGGCUCUCUUGGGGAAAAUCGAGAAGGUCCGGGUCCUCAGGAAUGAUCGGCGAGAAGGCCUGAUGCGCUCCCGGGUCCGGGGAGCCGACGCGGCCCAGGCCAAGGUCCUGACGUUCCUGGACAGCCACUGCGAGUGCAAUGAGCGCUGGCUGGAGCCCCUCCUGGAGAGGGUGGCUGAGGACAGGACUCGUGUUGUGUCACCCAUCAUCGACGUCAUCAACAUGGACAACUUCCAGUAUGUGGGGGCGUCUGCUGACCUAAAAGGCGGUUUUGACUGGAACUUGGUGUUCAAAUGGGAUUACAUGACACCCGAGCAGAGAAGAUCUAGGCAAGGGAACCCGGUCGCCCCCAUAAAAACGCCGAUGAUUGCUGGAGGGCUGUUCGUGAUGGACAAGCUCUACUUUGAAGAGCUGGGGAAAUACGACAUGAUGAUGGACGUGUGGGGAGGCGAGAACCUGGAGAUCUCGUUCCGCGUGUGGCAGUGCGGCGGCAGCCUGGAGAUCGUCCCCUGCAGCCGCGUGGGACACGUGUUCCGGAAGCAGCACCCCUACACGUUCCCGGGGGGCAGCGGCACGGUCUUCGCCCGUAAUACCCGCCGGGCAGCAGAGGUCUGGAUGGACGAAUACAAAAAUUUCUAUUAUGCAGCAGUGCCUUCCGCCAGAAACGUUCCUUAUGGAAACAUCCAGAGCCGACUGGAGCUUCGGAAGAAACUGAGCUGCAAGCCGUUCAAGUGGUACCUUGAAAAUGUCUAUCCAGAAUUAAGGGUCCCCGACCACCAGGACAUAGCUUUUGGGGCCUUGCAGCAGGGAACCAACUGCCUGGACACUUUGGGACAUUUUGCUGAUGGUGUCGUUGGCGUCUACGAGUGUCACAACGCAGGCGGGAACCAGGAAUGGGCCUUGACGAAGGAGAAGUCAGUGAAGCACAUGGACCUGUGCCUGACCGUCGUGGACCGGGCACCUGGUUCGCUCAUAAAGCUGCAGGGCUGCCGAGAAAACGACAGCAGACAGAAAUGGGAACAGAUCGAAGGCAACUCCAAACUGCGGCACCUGGGCAGCAACCUGUGCCUGGACAGCCGUGCGGCCAAGAGCGGGGGCCUGAGCGUGGAAGUGUGCAGCGCUGCCCCGUCCCAGCGGUGGAAGUUCUCACUCAACCUGCAGCGGUAGGAGUGGCUGCGGCCCGUCCCCACCGUCAGGCGGAGUCCGGUGAUCACAUCAUUGAUUAUGUUUCUUAGACUUUCCACAAAACUAUAUACCUCAGUAUUCCAUCACGGUCUGAAAAUUGGAGGGCUGCCGCCAGGUGCGGGACCUGGGCAGAUGUGGAAGAGGUGACAGGUGAGAGUGGCCCUGGCAGCACAGGUGCGGCCCAGCCUGGCCUGUGCUCAGCCCCUGGUGUGCUGCUCGCCGGACCCCGCAGGUGAGAAGCCACCAAGCAAGCCGGGCCAGGGGCGCGGGGGGCAGGGGUCGAGUCGCUACAUCACAGCCAGGGGAACCAUUUGAGGUCUCCUUUUGGCCCCAUGACACCGUGCACGGUUUCCGCACCACCCAGUCAUGCCUUGAUGCAGAUCUACGCUGACCCAUGUUGACCCCUCUCCCUGCCCCCCCAGUCCCAGCCAUCUCCCUAGCACAGACCCCUCCCUCUUCCACAUGAUGUACUUGCUAUAUCUGACUGUGGACUUUGAUGAGGCGGGACACUAAA